GAAUUCGCGGGCUCAGUGAAAGACCGUCCGAUCGCCAGAGCAACGCGGAGCAACGGGAUGUGGGUGAGGUGUUGCCCGGGGCCAGUGGUUCACACGGUGGCCGGUCCGCCGUCGUCGACGUGGUGCAGGUGUGCGCCAGACUCGGCGGCGCCACAGACUCACCGCUUCAAUCUCGCCGCAUUCCAUCCCACAACACAAAACCGAUUCAUUCUCUCGGUCUCCAUCACCGGACACUUGGCUCGGCCCCGGUUUCUCGUUAACCGCUCGCCGCCCAUAGGCCGCUUACCAAGCACCAUUCGAUACGAUACCAUAAAUGCGAUGCGGCCCAAACAAAUGCGGGGACGCGAAACCCUCUCGGUUCUUUGCUGGUUCGGUUCCAAGAAACCCAUAACAAUGUAUUGUUCAGCACCUUUUCUUGCUAGUUGGACAGUGUAAUUCAAAAAAUUUCUAGUGUUUUGAAUUAUGCUUAUAAUAUUCCAAUUUGCCUUUAUGUUUUAUGCAUUUAGUGAUAAGUCGUAACUAUAAAUGGUUAAAUUUCACUUUUAGUAUAUCAUUUCACUUCGUAUUUAACUAUUGUACCAUCUGUUACAAAAUGAUCAAUUUAAAAUUUUUAAUAUUACUAUAUACGUUCAGUAUUUUACUGGUGUUUGGUUUCGCACAAGAAACAACAAAUAAGCCUCUUGGGCAAAGUUGGUUAGCUGCUGAAAAAAAUGAUUCCUCAACAAGAAAACCUGUUGGCCAAAGUUGGAUAAGUGCUAAACAAAAUACCUCUUCGACAACAAAACCUCUUGGACAAAGCUGGAUAGCUGCUGAAAAGAAUGAUUCUUCAACAAGAAAACCUGUUGGACAAAGUUGGAUAGGUGCUGAAAAGAAUAAUUCCUCAACAAGAAAUCCUCUUGAACAAAGUUGGAUAGGUGCUGAGCAAAAUGGGUCUUCAACAACAAAACCACUUGGACAAAGUUGGAUAGGUGUCGAAAAGAAUGAUUCUGUAACAAGAAAUCCUCUUGGUCAAAGUUGGAUAGGUGCUGAACAAAAUCCGUCUUCAAAACCACUUGGACAAAGUUGGAUAGCUGCUGAAAAGAAUGAUUCUUUAACAAGAAAUCCCCUUGGUCAAAGUUGGAUAGGUGCUGAACAAAAUGCGUCUUCAACAACAAAACCACUUGGACAAAGUUGGUUAAGUGCUGAAAAGAAUAAUUCUUCGGUAAUAAAACUUCUUGGACAAAACGCUUCUUCACCCACAAAACCACUUGGACAAAGUUGGUUAAGUGCUGAAAAAAAUGAAUCUUCAGCAACACAACCUCUUGAUCAAAGUGGCCCUUCACCAACAAAACCGCUUGGACAAAGUUGGAUAGGUGCCGAAAAGAAUGAUUCUUCAACAAGAGACCCUCUAGAGCAAAGUGGGAUAGUUUUAGAAAAAAAUGCCUCUUCACCAACAAAACCUCUUGGACAAAAUGAUUCUUCAACUACAAAACCACUUGGUCAGAGCUGGUUAGAUGUUGAAAAAAAUAAAUCUUUAGCAAUAAAACUUCUUGGGCAAAAUGCAUCCUCACCAACAAAACCACUCGGUCAAAGCUGGUUAGCAGCUGAAAAAAAUAAUGCAUCAAUAACAAAAACUCUGGAACAAAAUGGUUCCUCAACGACAAAACCUGCUGGACAAAGUGGGACAGAUGCUGAUUCCUCAAGUGAUGAUUCAGAUGAAUCUUCUUCAGAUGAUACGCUACAGCAAGGUGGGAAUGUCGAUGGGAUAGUAAGAGCAGUUCGACGAGAUGGUGAAGAUAUUGAUAGGUUUGGUAAAUGGUUACGAGAGAAAUUUGGAAUUGGGGGAAUUCAGGAGAUAAUUUUUAGAUAAAUGUUUAUGUGUUUGGAACUAUGUAUGACAUAAAUAAAUAAAUAAAUUUAUUUUAAUUUAAA